GAAUGUUAUGAGCCCUGCGGUAUAUAAAGAUCUAUUUUAACUGUAAAUUUUAAAAUCAUUUAAUAAAACUAAGUGGCCCACUCCAGUAGGUGGCGCUGAUGCUGUCAAACUGUGUUUACAACCGUCACUAAAACUCCAGAAGAAGCAGAGGAUCCAGCAUCGUCAAUAGUACUGCUUAUUUAUAGUGUAAAACAGCAGAUAUUAAACACAAACUGACUCUGGAUCUGUUCAGAAAAACACACAUCUACUGUCCAGCAGGAAAGAGCGCGAAUCCAGUCAGAAAGCGCGCGAAUAUUCCUGCCCUGCUGAAAGCGACGGAGACUCUUUUCCUGUCAGAGCGAAAUAAGUGUGUUUUAUUAUGAAAUGAUGUCUUCAACACACACUGCUGUCAAGACUGAGUUUAUAAAAGAGGAGAGUGAAGAAGUGCGGAUUCCUGAGCCGUGUGGAGAUGAAGAGGAAGAAGCCUUAACCCUGAAGAAGGAAGAGCCGGAGGAACACACAGAGCAGAUCAAGGUGAAGGACAAAACUCCGGUCAAAGAUGAGCAAAGUGAGAUCAGGGUGAAGGAGCAAGGUGAAGAACAGAAUGAGGACGAGGAUCUUCAGGACUGCGAGCAGCCUCAGUAUUUAAGCUGCUCAAGAAUCGGCACCAGCUUGACUCAGAAAAGAGCUCAAAGAGGAAAAGGCUUUUUCUUCUCCUGCCUGGAGUGCAAGAUGAGCUUCGAGACUAAGGAGCAUCUGAUGGAGCACUUCAGGGUCCACACUGGAGAAAGCUCCACACAAACAUCGGAAAACAGCGCUCAGAGAGCUGUAGUGUUCUUCUGCCAUCAGUGUCUCAGGAGCUUCACCCGUAAAGAGCAUCUGCUGGAGCAUUACAGAAUACACAAGCUGGAGAAACCCUUCCAGUGUGAAGAGUGCGGGAAGAGUUUCCUUCAUAAACACAACCUCGCAAAUCACGCAAAACUGCACUCCGGCUUCACUCCGCACGUGUGCCAGCUCUGUGGGGUGAGCUAUAUUAAUAAAGACAGCCUUUUUGAUCACAUGAGGAUCCACGAAGGAGAUAAACCGUAUCGCUGUGAGGAGUGCGGGAAGAGCUACAGUCAGAAGCGCAGCCUCAAGAAUCACUUGAAGUUUCACACUGGACUCAAGCCGUUUGUGUGCCAGCAGUGUGGACGGAGUUACCUGGAUGAAGACAGUCUGACGGGACACAUGUGGACCCACACUGGAGAGAAGCCUUUCCCAUGCCAGCGGUGCGGAAAGAGAUUCCUGAAUAAAGGAAGUCUUGAUCAGCACAUGAAGAUACACAGCAAACUCGAGCCCAUCUCCUGGUUCUCCUCAUAGUGGUUGGUUCAUGUGUGGUUAGCACAGUGGGUAGCACAAUUGCCUUACAGCAAGAAGAUCGCUUGUUCGAGCCCUGGCUGGGUCAGUGUGUGUUUCUGUGUGGAGUUUGCAUGUUCUCCCCGUGUUGGUGUGGGUUUCCUCCGGGUGCUCCGGUUUCCCCCACAGUCCAAACACAUGCGCUAUAGGGGAACUGAUCAACUAAACUGGCCGUAGUGUGUCUGUGUGAAUGCAGGAGUGUAUGGGUGUUUCCCAGUGUUGGGUUGCAGCUGGAAGGGCAUCUGCUGCGUAAAACAAAUGCUAGAUAUUCCGAUGUGGCGACCCCUAAUUAAUAAUAGGACUAAGUCAAAAUGAAUGAAUGAAUGAACUGAAAGAUAUUAGUGCGGACAUUAGUCUUACCUCACCCACAGACUUCAGUUCAUGAAGCUCUGCUAACAAUCAGAAUCUGAAUCAGGUGUGUUUAAUAAAAGAGGCAUAUGCUACGUUCAUUUCAUGCUGUAAUUAUUGUAGUUUUGAGAAGACAGCAUGCACGCCGUUCACCUUCUCAAACUGUGAAUUCUGUUUUUAUUGUGUCAGUCGGCAAAAUGAACCUGCAUUAUUUUUAUAUAAACACAUCGGUAUAAAAUAUCAGCCGGUCCCUAAGGAGUUGAGAACCACUAGUUGAUUGGUUCAAUGCUUUAACCAAUAUAAUUUGAUUAGUGUUUCGCCAAAAGUUUUUGCAGUUUCUUAGGCCUGUCACAAUAAUCAAUACAUCCACUGAUCACACAAAACAUGCACAUGUCCUCAGUCAUUUUUGGUGAUGCAGUAUAUAUAUCGUCCAUACAUAAACACCAACUCUAGCCACAUUUAAGCUGAUUGCACAGCCUCUUUAUCUCUACUGGAGGUGUCAGUGUCAGUAUGGUUAAACACUGUAGUAUUUACUAUACAUUACUAUAGUACAUUUCCAUGUGGGUGCCUGACAACUGAAAAUACACCUUUUUUGUUGUUUGUUAUUAUUAUUUAUUUGUUUGUUUAUAUAUACAUUUUCACAAUUUGAUUCCAAUGCCUAAUUAUUCAAUUGUUAAAAUGACUAUAAUGAAGUGAAAUAUUCUUAAUAAUAAAAUGUUAUGUGUUCUUUGGAA